AUGCAGGCAUUCUCCAGGUUCCCACAGGCCCUCAUGUUGAGGAUGGGCGCUAAAACCACAGAAGAAAAAGACAGCUUCAGCACGUCGCACAUCACGUCUCUGGAUUUCAAAAAAGGUGAUCUUGUCUGCGGAAUCUAUCGAGUCAACCUUCGCAAAGCGAAUAAAGUUGAGUUUGAUAUGCAGAUGAAAACAGUGGACUUUGCCAAUGGUCGACUGGCAAUCAGUUUCAGCGAGGAGGAAGAUAUGAUUGUGUUCAUGAGCGAAACAAUCAUGUGGAGGAGAGCUGACGAGUGUCAAAUUAUGCCGUUGGAACGGCCAGCUAUACAAUGGAUGCAUGAGACUGCGACGAUGUGGUUGCUUGACUCUGGAGUGCGGUAUCUGACCGAUUUGGAAGCUUAG